GGGCGCAGCCUGCAGGGUCGGGCACGAAGGAAGGCGAGGACGCGGAAAGGCAGGGCGCGGCCUGCAGGGUCUGGGGGAUGAGGGUAGUGGGCAGGGAUCGGGGUCCCAGCCUAUACAACCGUGCUGCUGCCACGAAGCCGGGUUCACCUUGAUGAGCGGAGACACCUGGACCGGCGGCACCAUCUUGUCCCUGACCUUCGCACCGGAAGCGCAGCCGAGGCGGAGGCACGAACCAGCAGUAUAGAGCGCGUGCCCGAGGGGUCGGAGGCCUGGAGCGCAGGCGUGCGGGAUCCGGGCGGCGAUGGCUGCAGCUCGUCAGUGAUCUAUCUCCAGGCUGUUCACCCUGAGCUCUCCUGCCCUGCUUACUCCCAUAGCAGGAGGGACUGGAACCUUCAUGAGAAGGCCACCCAGAGCAAGCCCCCCCCCCCCAGGUCCCCAACCCAGCCUUCAGAACUCGCAGCUGUGAGCUCCCAGGUGCACCUCUCCCGAGGCCACCUCUCCAGUCUCUCUGCUCGCUUCUGUACCUCAGAAUGGCUGCUUGUCCCCCACACCUGAGCCAGCCCUGGCUGCGGUUGCCCAAAAUGGGGCCAUCCGUAGCCUGGUGGUCUACCACCCCAUCAGCUGUCUUCACCCCAGCAGUGACCUCACGCCUACCUGUGCUUCCUCCACCCUGCCUUACUGGGCAGAUUUUAAAAUAAACUGCACUCCUCAGCAGCUGAAGCUUCCAAAGUUGAAAAUAAGUGUCUCUGGGGCCCAGGUGACGACAGGGGACAGGACAUACCAGCAGCUUUGGGGGUCAGUGCACAACACAUACAUGCACAUUGGUGCAUGCAAGACCACCCAUGGGCACUGCUGGAGACCUGGCUUGGAUCAGGGCUCUUUGAGGGGCUAGGGGAGGGAAGGAGGGUCUCUCUUGUCUUGAAAUACCAGUGGAAGCCUCUGCACCUGUCAGGGUCAGAUGUGUGCAGAAUCUUGAUACCCCUGUCUGUGUCACUAUCUUUAGAGCUGAACUCAGUCCUGGAGGGGGACCUAGAGCCCAACUGGGCCAGGAUGCUCCCUGGAGAUCUGCAGCCUUCUCACAUUUGGAGCUCCCCCUCCUGCAGCCAAGCCAAGACGCCUGCAGGGCCACACCCAGCCCUGCCCCAGGAAGUGGGCCCUUGGCUCUGGAUCCUUAGCCCCUAUACCUGGUCCCCCAGGUCCUCCCAGCAGGCCAGCAGGAAGACCAAGAAGAAGGAGGGCGGGGCGCUGCGUGCCCAGAGGGCAUCCUCCAAUGUCUUCUCCAACUUCGAACAGACCCAGAUCCAGGAGUUCAAGGAGGCAUUCACACUCAUGGAUCAGAACCGAGACGGCUUCAUUGACAAGGAGGACCUGAAGGAUACCUACGCCUCCCUGGGCAAAACCAACGUCAAGGAUGAUGAGCUGGACGCCAUGCUCCGGGAGGCUUCAGGGCCCAUCAACUUUACCAUGUUCCUGAACCUGUUUGGGGAGAAGCUGACUGGCACAGACACUGAGGAGACCAUCCUGAAUGCCUUCAAGAUGCUCGAUCCUGACGGCAAAGGCAGCAUCCACAAGGAGUACAUCAAGCGCCUGCUGAUGUCCCAGGCUGACAAGAUGACUGCAACUGAGGUAGGCCUGCAGCCCCAGAGGGCCACUGAGGGACAGCAGCCCCAGGCUGCAGGACCAUGGUGGGCAGGAGUAAGAACAGUCCCUGGGGCAGGGGCUCCUGGGAGAGGGGGGUGGCCCUGGGCUAGGUCAGGGCUGGAAGCCACUGGCCAGUUGGUGGUCUGACCUAGCUGAGGGGACAGACUUACUGUCCUAGCCCAAGGGGACAGGGUAGCCCCCAUCUGUACUUCAGAACUCCACCCCAUUCUUCACAUUGCCCAGGUGGCCACCCUAAGCACCACUGACCAGCUCGGUAACCUGCUUCUCCUUCUGGCCCCAUGCCCACCCUGCUUGCCCCUCCAAGAUCCCUCCCCAUUCCUGGCAGAGAAGCAACACUAGGAGCCUCUGGAGUUCAGCACCUGUAAUCCAGAGCACCUAGGAGGCUGAGGUGUGGGGACCUCUUGCCACCCAUUCCACCAGGCCUGACCCCCCACCCACCAACUCGCCUUCAUUCAGGUGGACCAGAUGCUGGAGUUCGCCUCCAUCGACGCAGCGGGCAACCUGGAUUACAAGGCGCUGAGCUACGUGCUCACCCAUGGGGAGGAGAAGGAGGAGUGAGGCUACUCAGCCCUGGUUGUGUCCAGUUCAAUAAAUGUGGACCCACA